AUGCUUUAACAAAGAGCCGAACCAGAAACCUUGAGUGCAGAGCGGAGAGGAGGGUGGGCUUGAAGAAAAACAGCGUGUCCUUUUAAGGUGUCAAUUUCCUUUUCUCUGCCCCCUCUCACCGAAUGCCUCGUUUUUUAUUUCUCUAAUGGAAAAGACAUCUCGUCUGGAAACAGCGAUACUCUGCUGAACAUAUUAAAGCUCCAGAGUGACUGGUGUCUGUGCGAACGACUAAGUCAUCUUCAUUUUCACUAGAGUUGGGACUUCAGAGGAACGUGGUAAAGCGCAGAAUGGCAGCACAGGUGAAGGGAGCUUCAACCAUGGCAAACAAGGGUCCUUCAUAUGGGAUGAGCCGCCAGGUGCAGGAUAAAAUCGAGCAGAAGUACGACCCUGAGCUGGAGGUGCGUUUGGUGGAGUGGAUCGUGACUCAGUGCGGCUCUGGCGUUGGAAAACCAGAGGCUGGAAAACUGGGCUUCCAGACCUGGCUCAAAGACGGAUGUGUUUUGUGUGAGCUCAUCAAUACUCUGUGUAAGGACAAGCCUGUGAAGAAGAUCCAGAGCUCCAGCAUGGCUUUCAAACAGAUGGAGCAGGUCUCUCAGUUCCUCAAUGCUGCCGAGCAGUACGGCGUCGUCAAAACCGACAUGUUUCAGACCGUAGAUCUGUGGGAGGGAAAGGACUUGGCCGCGGUGCAGAGGACACUCAUGGCUCUGGGCAGCAUCGCCGUUACUAAAGAUGAGGGCAGCUUCCGCGGAGAUCCCAGCUGGUUCUUCAAGAAAGCUCAGGAGAACCGGAGAGAUUUCUCUGAAGGCCAGCUGAAAGAAGGGAAGAAUGUCAUAGGCCUGCAGAUGGGAUCCAAUAAAGGGGCGACCCAGUCUGGCAUGACAGGCUACGGCAGACCUCGACAGAUCAUGAACCCAUGAGUCCUUCCCUCGGUUCCCCCGAGCAUCACUGCAUCCCAACCGCUGGACUACAAA